GUUUAUCAAUAGUUGCUGCAUAUAUGCUGAUUUAGCCAUAUAUUUCUGAGAAAAGAAACAAAAUGAAAUCAAGUUCAAAUUUAUUCGCUCUUCUAGUCUUCGUGUCAAUUUUAUUAAUAGCCGAGGAGUUGGACAUAAACUGCAAUCAGGAAAAUAAUGAAAGAGUAAAUUGCUAUUCAAACUUGAACAAAACAAGAUGUGCCGAACAAGGAUGUUACUUCUGCAAAAACGGAAAACCUAGGUGCAUUGAAGGCCUGGCAUGUAAGUGGUCGACAAUAUUCCUAACGGAAGAACAUAACUGUUGGGGAGGAGAACCCGGUAAAGAGAAUUCUCGGGAAUGCCUAGCAGUUUAUGGUUGCUCAUGGUGUAAGAGAAAUGAUCGCAUUCGCUGUGUGAAAGGUCCUGAAACGACAACUACUACCACUACAACAACAACUACCACCACUACAACUCCAACUACUACCACAACAACUCCAACCACUACGACAACAACUCCAACUACCACCACUACAACAACAACACCAACUACUACCACUACAACAACGACUCCAACUACUACCACUACAACAACGACUCCAACUACAACCACUACAACAACGACUCCAACUACUACAACUCCAACAACAACGACUCCAACUACCACUACUACAACUCCAACAACAACGACUCCAACUACAACCACGACAACAACAACAACCCCCACCACUACCACGACAACAACAACUCCAACUACAACCACAACAACCACUACCACUCCUACGACAAAACCUACGACUACUACAUCUACAACAACUCCCGAGACAACCACCACUGUUUCAACUACAACAUCUCUCGCCACAACAACUAGACGUACUACAACAAGCACAAAGUCAACCACAGUUACAAAUAUGUAUGGGUGCCCGCAAGGACAAAUUCGCCGUUACAAACAAUCGUCUUGUUGCGAGGAAAGAUGGGAUUCAAAAACUUUCAAGUCUCAAUGGCCAUUCCUGGGAGCUCUUUAUGAGAAAGGAAAAUAUCAUUGCCCUGUUGUUCUUAUUGGCACCGGACACGCACUCACUUCUGCAAAAUGUGUAGAAGACUUUUCGCAAGAUAUUUACUUGAAAUUCGGAAACGAAAACGUCACAGACGAUAGCGGAAAAGUACUAAAAGUUGGAAUUCUGAAAAAUCCGAUUCUCCACUACGAGUACCAUCCAAGCUUUAAAAAUAACGAUCUGGCAUUAUUAAGCUUGGCUUUUCCAGUAAAUGAAACCGACCAUAUUAGUCCAAUUCAACUUCCACUGGGAGAGAGAGUUCCAGAAGACUCGAAAUGCUUCUUGAUUGGCUGGGACUCAGAAAAUGAAGUCUCCCAAAAAGUAACAGAAACUGAAUUGUUCAUUCUCCCAUUCUCAUAUUGUGCUACAAUCUACGCUUUAAAUUUUGAUGCAACGAUGAGAAAUAGAGAAAUGAUUUGCGCUGGAAGAAUGAACGAUAACGUAGAAACAACUUGCUCGAAUCAAGAUGGAAACGGUAGUCCGUUGGUUUGCCAACGGUGCUCAAACUGUGACUGGUAUUUGGCUGGAUUGGGAAGUUUCGUUCAUGAUUGUGCAAGUGCAUCAACGCCAGGAAUUUUCAUGAAGAUAUCAUUCUACGAAAAAUGGAUUAACAAAAGCGGUCUUACAUCCGGGAAGGAAAAAUAUCACUGUUCUUAAAAAACAUUAGCCCAUUUACUGGCAACAAUUUACCAUGUGACAUACCUUGAAAGGAAGCCAGAGGCUAAAUACCUUACGUAUUUUUGUGACGAUUUUAAUGGCAAAUAGAAAUAUUGACGCUAAUUAUUGAAUCGUUUAUCUCUUUAAACAUGAUUACUCAACUAAUAACAUGUAGUAAUUGAAUAAUAUGAUCUCGCUGACGUGAUAGGAUGCUCGGCGAU